AUGGCGGCGAACAUCCCCCAGUACUUGUGGGAGAUUGAUAUCUACAACAGUGAAAUUCAUGUGGUCCUGUUCACCAGCAUCUUCAUCGUGAACCCAACGUUGUAG